AAAACAAAUUUGCAUCGUAAAACCAUUCAACCAAAAACUUUCACCAGAAACCCGAGAAGAGAAUUGAGAAGGAACAAAAACAAUUCUUUCAUUUUUUAAAAACUAAAAUAAUUACCAAUUAAUUGAAAAUCUCUUUAACAUCUUCUUCAUCAAGUGUUUUUGACAAAAACCUUCAAUAAUUAUCUCAAAAAGCGGAAACACCUGCUACGAGGAAGUUCAAGGCUUAAUUUCUUGACUUUUUUGUGAUAUGUUGCAAAAUAUCUAUCGAACGAGCAAUCGCCUAAUAUCGAUAAAUUCACGUUCGUAUAGUGCCGUGUCCUUAAUCAAGAGCCCAAACUUAUAUAAUCUUGUGAGGUCACCCUCACGCUCACAUUGUCUGCCCCAAACAUUGAUUGUUAAACGAACGAUGGCAGCCAGUCUCCCAGAACAUACGAAUCGUUUAAGUCAGGAGAAGUCGCCCUAUCUUCUGCAACAUGCCCACAACCCGGUCGAUUGGUAUCCGUGGGGUGACGAAGCCAUACAACGGGCCAAAAAUGAGAACAAGCUGAUUUUUCUCUCGGUCGGCUACUCUACAUGUCAUUGGUGUCAUGUUAUGGAACAUGAGUCGUUUGAGAGCGCCGAGGUGGCCAAAAUAAUGAAUGAAAACUUCAUUAACAUAAAAGUCGACCGAGAAGAGCGUCCGGACAUUGACAAAAUCUAUAUGAACUUUGUGGUGAUGAUGAAUGGCAGCGGUGGUUGGCCGAUGUCGGUCUGGUUGACCCCGGAUCUAGCUCCAAUCACAGCCGGAACAUAUUUCCCACCAAAGUCCAGGUGGGGAAUGCCUGGCUUUACAACAAUUCUCGAGACCAUAGCCGCCAAAUGGAAGACCGAUCAGAAGGAAUUGGCGGCAACUGGAAUCAAGGUCAUCGAAGGCAUCCGCAGCGCUUUGACCAAGAAGUCGAGUGAUGCGUGCUUUGAGCCUGGAAGUGCCGAGGCGAAACUACACGAGGCCGUGCGAAUCUUCAAAUACAAGUUCGACAGCCAGUUUGGGGGUUUCGGUGAUCAUCCAAAAUUCCCCGAAGUUUCCCGAUUGAACUUCCUCUUCCAUGCUUAUAUUGUGAGCAAAGAUGAGGACAUUCUCGAUAUGGCUACGACAUCUCUAAGGAAAAUCGGUAACGGUGGCAUCCACGACCAUGUAUUCGGCGGAUUCGCACGGUACUCGGUCGAUCGCAAGUGGCAUGUUCCUCACUUUGAGAAGAUGCUCUACGACCAGGGACAGCUUAUGUCGUCGUAUUCGAAUGCCUUCAAACUCACAAAGGAUGUCGAGUUUCUCGACUUUGCCGAUGGCAUCUUUCGGUAUAUCAUGAAAGACUUGCGACACCCAUCGGGUGGUUUCUUCUCGGGAGAAGAUGCCGAUUCUCUGCCAACAGCUGGCGACAAAGUCAAAAUUGAGGGAGCUUUCUACGCAUGGACUUGGUCAGAGAUUCGUGAUGCAAUUGCCGAGAAUGGGGACAAAUAUUCUCUUCCGGAAGACGAGGUUUGCAAGAUAUAUUGCCAUCAUUACGACGUUCGUAAGGAUGGUAACGUUGAGCCAUCGAGUGAUCCCCAUGGUCAUUUGUUGGCAAAGAACAUUCUCAUUGUGAGGAAGUCCCAAGCUGAGACUUGUGAAAAAUUCCAAAUAUCGUCUCACCAACUAAAAGAGAUUCUAAAGACAACAAAUGAGAUUCUACACGAAAUCAGAGACAAACGCCCACGUCCUCAUUUGGACACCAAGAUCAUAACAUCUUGGAAUGGUCUAAUUCUGUCGGGCUUGUCCAAACUGUCCAAUUGUAGGAGUGAAAAACGAGAGGAGUACAUGAAGGCUGCGGGGGAAUUAUAUAAAUUCGCUAGGAACUCGCUCUUUGACAAGGACAGGAAGGUCCUUCUCCGAUCGUGCUACGGAGAUGGCUCUGAAUUGGCUGAAAUUUUAUCACAGCGAAUUGAUGGAUUCCUUGAUGACUACGCCUUUCUCAUCAAAGGCCUCCUGGACUACUAUAAGGCAUCCUUAAAUUCAGAAGUCCUAGACUGGGCUAAGGAGUUGCAAGACAUUCAAGAUUCUCUCUUCUGGGAUAAAAAAGAUGGAGCAUAUUUCUACUCACAGGCGCAUUCGCCCAAUGUCGUUGUGAGGCUAAAGGAAGAUAGCGACGGGGCAGAACCCUGUGGCAACAGUGUAUCGGCAUCUAAUCUCAUUCUUCUGUCGUAUUACUUUGACGAGGAAAAUUAUCGACAAAAGGCAAAUAAACUUUUCGAUUACUUCGCCUCUACCGACCCCUUCGGAUAUGUCCUUCCCAAGAUGAUGUCAGGUUUGCUGCUCAAUGAAUUGGGUCUCGAUUUGGUUGCAGUUGUUGGUCCCGAUACGGAAAUAACUAAGCAAUUUGUUGAGGUCUUGCAACGAUUCUAUAUUCCCGGAAUGAUUAUUGUCCAUGUUGACCCAGAGAACCCGACAGCGAGCAGUCAGAGGGCACAGGAUAAAUAUAAAAUGGUCAAUGGAAAGCCUACGGUAUAUAUAUGUCAUGAUAAGGUCUGUCGAAUGCCUGUAACCGAUCCCAAAAAACUCGAAGACAAUUUGAAGGAAAAUUAUUUGACGAAGCAACUGUAAAUGAUGAAAACGAACUAUUUAAUUGUGUUUUUAUUCGAUUGUUUUAAUUUUAUAAUUGUUAAUCUGUUGACUUGGUAAUUAAAUAAUAAUAAAAAAAAAGUUUUACCUCAUAAGAAAAAAUA